AUGGCACGGGACCGCGAGCUACUGUGCACUGAUACGUGGUCAGUGGCGUUCACGACCAGCGAGAACACUUCCCAUUCCGGGGAUUGUGUCUCCUUUCGCAAGAAUAUUCGAAUCCAAAGUAUAACAUGGCUGGGGCUGGGGGUGUAUACUAUGGUGCUACGUAACUGCAGUGUCCAGACUGACACCAAUGCGUCAGUUUAUGCAGUCAUUUUGAUCUACUUUUACACCGUUUUGGAACAACUGGGAAAAGAAGAGAAUUUGUGGACUCUCCUCGGCUUGGACGUCCCCGAGAACCACCCGAACUCCAGCGCAGAGUACUGGGCGCUGCCUGCCGUGCCCAUCUUCAUGGCUGUGGCCUGCCUGCGCUUCGGGAUCUUGUGGAUUGCGGAGGCGAUCAUGCUGCCGGUGGCCGUGCGCGCCUUCCUCAAGGACCGGACAGAGGAGAAGUGGCUGGCGAAGAGCCCCUCCGCGAGCGGCCCCGGGAGAUCCACGCCGCCCGUGGCCGCGCCCUGGGUGACGGCCGGCGGCGGCGGGGACGUGGUGCGGCGCCCGGGCGGCGGCGGCAGAAGCCCACACGGCCCCGACUACCAGGAGAUCAACGCGCCCGCCCUGGAGUACUUGUCGGUGCCCGCUGACUCACAGGCGUGGGGCGGCGUGCGGCCUCGCGAUCCGAACUGGCGGGACGGCGGCGGCGGGGCGCCAGGCGGAGGGCUGGACCGCUGGAACCGCGAGGGCAGCGGCGCCGGGGGCGGGCAGCCGUCGCGCCGCCACGCGCCGCCGCCGCCGCUGCAGCUGCCGCAGCAAACGCGUGAUUCGACGGGCAGCCAGCCUGUGCAGCCGUCGCCCGCCCGCAUGGGCGCGUGGGACCCGCGCUCGCCGCUGCCGGCGCCGGGCGCCCAGCCGCCCUUCUUCGGCGCCCCGCCGCCCACGCACACCUCCUUCGGCCACCCGCCGCCCCAGCAGCAGCAGCAGCAGCAGCAGCAGCAACACGCGCCCUUCAGGUGA